CAUGCUCCUCGAGCCGUCUGGAGUCUGCGAAAAUAUCAUAUGGCAUCUCCCGCGACAUAAUCCACCCUCGCUCUGGUCCCGCCAUCUCACCCCAUUGGAUCCUUAUUUUUCGACGCCCAACUUGACCUUCCCCAGGUCAAUCGUGGUAGCCGACCGCGCCACACUGCGUACGCCUUCAACGAGGUGACUUCGCUACCGAUCAGUGUUGCGAUCUGUUGGCUGCAACCAUGAUUCACGACUACACCAAAGGCCAGAUGGUCGGCCUGGCCGUUGGAUUCAUGGUCCUUCCCAUUUUCUUCUACGCUCUGCGUAUCUGGGCAAAGUUACUUAUCAAGCGGUUCACACUGGACGAUUACGUGGCGGGAGCGGCACUUCUUGUAUCGACUACCUGUUGCGCCUUGCAGCUAGCCACUGCAUUCCAUGGAUACCUCGGACAGCACCAGCCAGUGAAUCCCGACGGAUCUCCAAUCAUGGACGACCCCGGAUUGAUCUUCUUUGAACAGACCAAGUUCGCACUCAACAUGAUAUCGAUUCUCGGCUUGGGUCUUAUUAAGACGUCCAUCCUUGUGCUGUACCUGUCCCUCUUCCCGCAUCGCAAGUUCCGCUGGUGCGUGUACGCCGCGCUCGGGUACGUCAUCUGCUGGACCAUUGCCUACUUCUUCUCCCACCUCUUCACCUGCUUCCCCAUCACCGUCUUCAUCGAGCCCUACUAUCACAACUCGUGCGUCGACACGGUCCCCAUGUUCCUCUCGCUGCUAUACACCGACGUCAUUGCGGAUUUCGUCAUCCUCGUCCUACCCAUUCCUAUGGUCUUGGGGUUGCAGAUGGGGAUCAAGAAGAAGUUGGCAGUCUUGGGAAUGCUGGGCCUGGGUGCUGCGGUAUGCGCUGUAAGUGUCACUCGUGUCGUCGCAACGUACUCGAUCGCGGGCGAGUAUGUCAAGCACCCUAACGAUGUCAUCUACUACACUGCGCCUGUAUUCUUCUGGACGAACAUCGAGCUAUCUUUGGCCGUCGUGUGCGCCUGCUUGCCCACCCUACGGCCCAUCUGGAAGUACUUCUUCCCCAAGCCGGCGACGACAGGAAACGACUCCUACGAGUACAAUUAUGGUUCUGGAAGGCGGACCGGCGGUCACAAGGGUACUAGCAACACUCCACCGUACGAGGAGUUGGACGAGAUGGAACUUCACGAUGCCAGCGCAACACGGUCGGGAUCGCUUGCGAGGAGAGACAUUGUCAAACAGACGACGAUACAGCAGACGAUAGAGAGUUCGGACAGCUCAAGCACUACCAACCUACGGCCGGCGGAAUUUGCCUCAUGGCCCCUGGGAAAGAAUCGAGAGGUCUAGAGCAUGGAAGAACUGAAGGUAGACAAGGCAGCGACAGCAGUGGGGCUAUUAUUGCGCAGCACGAUAAAGCGCAAGGUCACGCCAGUAUUCGGUAUCCAUUUCCCAAGAGAUUGUUCAAAAUGCUUCCAUUUUGCGUCCACGCCCGAGCGAGGCGAGUAAGCAAACAGGACUAGUGAACCUUUCUCUGGAGAUUA